CAGAUUUGACGGACGAACUUUGAGUAUCGGUGAUUUCUUUCAUGUGCAUGACUGGAGUAGUGUCAUCUUCGAGUUCUUCCUUCCUAACGUGAACUGGCCGACUGAUACAGCUAAGGAGGUUCUAUUAAAUUUUAGUUGAGUGAUUGUCAGUUCUUUCACACGGUAAGCACACGCCGGGGUCUACGCGAAAAUGAUGACGCGGCUCAUUCUCACCUUCGUGGUGAUGUUGGGCGCAACCGCCUGUUCGCAACACCUAUCACCAGUGUCGGUUAAAACAAGUGUUGGUCUUAUCACUGGAAUACAGGAACACCUGAGACUCUAUGGAGAGAAUUAUCAACUGAAUGCGUUUCGCGGGAUACCUUACGCCGAGCCCCCUGUUGGGAAGCUCCGGUUCAAGCGGCCGGUUCCGAAGGCGCGGUCCCAAGAUGGAUUUAACGCGACGGCAUAUGGCGAUGCGUGUAUGCAAUCAUUUUGGGCUGAUCCCCUACACUUUCCUGAUCGUUUCCCAACAAGUGAGGACUGCCUGUUCCUGAACGUCUUCGCCCCUGUUUCAGCAAAUCACACCAACAAGAAACCAGUGAUGUUUUUCAUCCACGGUGGGGCGUUCGUUAUCGGCGCCUCGCAGCAAUUUGACGGGAGGCCACUUGCAGCCUACGGCGAUGUGGUCACGGUGACAACAAACUAUCGUCUUGGUCCAUUCGGUUACUUAAGCACUGGUGAUUCCAAUGGACCUGCCAACAAUGCACUUUUCGACGAAUUAUUAGCCUUAAAGUGGGUCAAAGACAACAUAGGCGAAUUUGGAGGGGAUGCUGAUACCGUGACAGUGUUUGGUCAAUCUGCGGGCGGAGCUCAGACAACACUUCACGCCAUUUCUCCAAUCUCAGCGGGAAAGGGACUUUUCAAACGUGCCAUAAUCGAGAGUGGUGCUGCCAUUUUCCCGUACCCAAAGCAUCUAGCGAUCAUUCGCAAUCCUUUAGAGAAAGCAAAGCUACUCGCCGGUUUCCUUGGGUGCCCCGAAACAAACCAUCAAAAGAUGAUAGACUGCAUGCAAACAAAAUCCGCUCAAGAGGUGUUGGAGGAGGCCUAUCAAGUCGAAGCUCUCUUUCCCAUGUUAAUCUGGGGUCCGACAAUAGACGAUGAAUUCGUGCCAGAAUCGCCCAUCAAUCUUUUCAACAAUCCCGACAUAAGUGUAUUUUCCGCUUUCUCAUUCAUUGACUUGAUGAUCGGUUUCACGGGCGCAGACGGUGACGUUGAUGGCGGGGUAAAGGUCUUCGUCGAUCAUCUUGCAAAGAACCUUUCCAUACCGAAACUCAUGCAUGUUGACAUCAUAUCAAAACAGAUGCUGGGUGUUCCAAACGAGGCCGACGUCAUAAAAGCAGUAUUGCAGGAAUAUGUGCCCUCAGUGGAAAUUACUAGUGUGGAAGUGAUUGACAUUUUGGUGGAUUUCUACUCGGAGUUCUUAUUCAUUGGGCCCGCUGUAGCGACAGCACAGACCCACGCCAAGAUGUCAAAAGAUGCGAAAACCUACAUGUAUUUCUUCACUUAUGCCUUGAAUGAAUGGACACAUUCUCCGUAUCGGCAAGGACUAACAACGCACACCUCGGAUUUACUCUUCAUCUUCUUGUUCCCCUCGCUCGACAUCGACAACAGUACUUUAAGACAGAACGUAACCGAAAAGGACGUACAACUGAGUAAGGCCAUGAUGACGUACUGGACCAACUUUGCCAAAUAUGGGAAUCCAAAUGGUAACAACAGUGAUCAAGCUGCUGGUCUCGGAACCAAACAAAAAUGGCCCGAGUUUACCAAUGAACAACAGGAGUAUCUAGAACUCGGAAACUCUACGUCCGACGUCCAGCUGACAGCAAGGAGGGGUCAGCGGACUAAGAAGAUGUCUUUCUGGCUAGAUUAUGUCCCAUACCUAAUGAACAGAACUUGUUCCGAUGCUACACCCGAACAACCAUGCCCCGAACUAACAAGCCUCGCCAUCCCCCUGGCAGUUUGCACAGGAGUAUUCAGCCUCCUCUCUCUGGCGUUGCUCAUUGUGGUUUGCAAAGGGACUGGUGAAAACAAAUUCGAGCGGACGAAAAAUUCGUAAACAGAGUGUUGAAUGUAUACAAGCCCCACCGGCCCCGGCUAUUCAGACCUCCAAACUGACGGGCAACUAUAUGUAUAAACGACGCAAUCCGGAGUCUCAAUUUUCGUCAAGAUUAUUAAAGUUUAUACGAAAUACGACAGCUUCCCUGUGUGUUUGACCAGCCAUGGGCGGUAGUAGAUCAGUUGAUGAGAUUAAGUCACAAAAAUGCCUUUCUAAGAGAGAACCCCAGCUGAUGGACCCACACCGACAUGUACUCAACGCGUCAUUGACCAUUUUUGACUAUACGCCAGUGUUAUUUUAGAUCUAUCCACAGCCCAACUUCAACUCGUCAAAAUUCAUUGAUAACAAUGAUUCCAAAAAAAUCAUGGUUACGGUACGUUACGUAUGAAGCAUCUAAGUGAAAUAUCCCCCUAAAUAACUGGAUCGUAUUUCUGGAUUACCCAGAAAAAUGACUUUUUCGGGAAGGUCAAAAAUCACCUUGAUCAAUUCUAUGUCAACUAUGUCGCAUCGAAGUAUACUCUGUCGGAAAGGAUGUAGCAAUUCCUAUAGCGCAUGUCUGUAUAACCGCCGAUUAUUAGAAAAAAUACAAUUAUGCAUACAUAAAGGGCUUCAGUCUAGUCUUGAUAAGCUCAACGCCUACUGUGUCAAAUGGAAAUUGUAUGUUAACCCCACGAAAUCAAAAGUUAUGAUUUUUUCCAAAACAAGGGGUAAAUCUAACCAUGGUCUGUCUUUCACCAUUGGUAAAACUGAAUUAUUUUGGAGAGAUGAAAUUUCAAAGACUACUUCAAAAACAGCUUCUGGGGAACGUUUAUCUAUAUUCAAACAUAUUAAAACUUCAUUGUACUUGGAGGACUAUCUUUCUAUUAUUAACAACACUAAACAAAGACAUCUAUUUAUACAAAAUUAAGAACCGGCUCUCACCAACUCGCAGUCGAGUCUGGGCGACAUAACAAUAUCCCAAGGGAACAAAGAAAAUGCCAAUUUUGCAAAGGAGAUGACGUCGAAGAUGAAUUUCAUUUUUUAAUUGUUUGCACACAGCACUCCGUCACUCGGGAAGCAAUGUUUAAAUAUAUUUCAACAGUUGAUAGAAGCUUUGUAAAUCUACCCGACAUCGACAAAUUUAAAUAUCUCUUAACCUGUAUUUCCACCCCUGCCUUUGUUCGCAUUGCUGCUUAUAUUUAUGAUAUGUACCCCUAUUAAUUUGUAUAUACCUUUCACUGCUUUGUAUCAUUGCAUGUCUUCUAUUCAUAUAUAUCUGUAACAGCCCCAUGGGCAUUAACAAGAUGAAAUAAAUUGAAAUUGAAAUUGAAAUUGAAUCUAAAUAUCCAU